AUGCCGGCGGUUAAGCGAAAAGCUCCCCCUACGCUGGGUGCUAAGCUCCAGAGACGUGUUCGCCCGAGAUUUGAAGCCGAGCCCGACUCGGAUGUGGAGGGGAGCUCAGAUGAGGCCCCUAGUGAGGAAGAAGGCGGUGGCUUUCACACAGGCAGCGACACCGAGGAGGAGGAGGAUGGAGAGAUUGAGGAGGGCAGUGAACCAGGCAGUGACGAUGAUUCCGACGCACCCUCAGAGCACGGCGGCGCCGGCAUCGACGCCUCGCAGCUCUCAUUCGGUGCUCUCGCCCGAGCCCAAGCCUCUCUCGGCGCACUGAAGAAAAAGAAGAAGAAGAAGGGCGGCGAUGAGGACGCCUCCGAUGACGAAGAGAAAGAAGAGCCCAACUGGAAGACCGAGAUCGAAAAGGGCAUGAAAGCCAAGGUCGAGAAGCACCACCGCACCAACAAGCACGCGCCCAUCGAGAUGACCUCUAGAAAACCCGUCUCUCGGCGUCGCGACUUUCUCGCCAACGAGCCCGUCAAGCCCAAAUCCCGGGACCCACGCUUCGCGCCCCCCGGCAUCGGCGGCAGCUCCGGUAAAGGCGUAGUAGACGAGAUCAAGGCGCGCAAAGCCUACUCGUUCCUGGACGAUUACCAGGAGGACGAGAUGAAGCAGCUGCGGAUGGCGAUCAAGAAGACGAAAGAUCCCAACGAAAAGGAGGAGCUGCAGCGGGCGCUCCUGUCGAUGGAGAGCAAGAAGAAGGCACGCGCCCGCAAGGAUAAGGAGCGCGAGCUGUUGUCGGAGCACAAGAAGAAGGAGAAGGAGCUCAUCAAGCAGGGUAAGACGCCCUUCUACUUGAAGAAGUCAGAGCAGAAGAAGCAGCUGCUUGUGGAGCAGUUCGCGAGCAUGAAGAAGAGCCAGGUCGAUAAGGCGAUUGAGCGCAAGAGGAAGAAGAUUGCAGGCAAGGAGAAGAAGGCGUUGCCGUUGGCGAGACGGACGGCUGAGGAUAGGUAAAGGAAAGGGUGGAUUAUUGCUUGCAUGAAACACUGGGAGUAUGCUAUAAAUGGCUGCAUUGGAGACAUACCUAGGUAUCAUGGACUGAUACAUGAAGAAGGCGCGCAAAAGGUUGGGAUGGUAAUAUUCACAUCUAUUG